GCCCGGAUUCCUUUGCGCGGCAAAUCCAACCGGGGGAAAAAAAAAAGGAGCCGGCGCGUUCGGGUAGCUGUCUCGGUUCUCGAGCCUGGUUGCUGGGAGACUUUGCGGGAUCGUCUUCGUGGCCCACCGUCCGAGUCCUCUUUUUCCCCCGUCUUUGUUGGAGAGCUGUCGCCAGACGCUCCGCUUUUAAUUGCUGCGGUCGGAUAUCUCCACCUCUCCAUUGUAGCUUAAGAGGCUGCUGCCAGCAGUUCUUGCUCCUUCCGGAGCUGUUCGGAAAAGCUUCGUGAUUCCUCUGGAGCGUUUCUCUCUGUCCCGGGGGCGACGGUGGGUCGUUUCCCUUCUCGCCUUCCCUGCACGAAUUUCCUUUCCUGCGACUCUAAAUGCCGCCGGUGCAACGCGUCUUCUUUCCCUGCCCCUAAAGCUCUGCGCAAAUGGGACAUAGCUCUGCAGGGAGAACAUGAGGAAAAGUUUAGCUCCCAGUCAGCUGGCCAAGAGAAAACCUGGAGGUGAUGGCUCUGAAGACGAGGACUGGUAUCCUGAAGCAACUCCAAAGAAGCAGAAACGUAACACCAAGACUGAUAUCCAAGAAUGUUAUGUAUCUUCUUUCCGAAAACCUUUGACUCAGUUAACUAAUCGAAUCCACUGCCUUGAUGGUAAUAAACAUGAAGCCUUUAUCCGCAGCAUUUUAUCAAAACCUUUUAAGGUUCCUAUACCAAAUUAUACAGGCCCCCUGGGAUUGCGAGCAUUGGGCAUCAAACGUGCAGGAGUUAGGCAUGCUCUCCAUGACCCUUUUGAAGAGGGGGCUCUGGUUCUAUAUGAACCGCCACCUUUGAGUGCUCAUGAUCAACUGAAAGUAGACAAGGAUAAAAUGCCUGUUCAUGUUGUGGUAGAUCCUUGUCUUAGCUGUGUUUUACGACCUCAUCAGAGAGAGGGAGUGAAGUUCCUAUGGGAAUGUGUUACGAGCCGUCGGAUCCCUGGAAGUCAUGGCUGCAUCAUGGCAGAUGAGAUGGGUCUAGGGAAGACCUUGCAAUGUAUCACUUUGAUUUGGACACUUUUGCGCCAAAGUCCGGACUGCAAGCCUGAAAUUGACAAGGCAAUCGUGGUUGCGCCUUCCAGCCUGGUGAAAAACUGGUACAAUGAAGUGGGCAAAUGGCUUGGAGGAAGAGUCCAGCCACUGGCUAUCGAUGGAGGCUCUAAAGAGGACAUAGAUAAUAAGCUAGUUGGAUUCGUGAACCAGCGAGGCCGUAGAAUCCCAUCCCCCAUCCUGAUAAUAUCCUACGAAACUUUCCGUCUCCACGCAGAAGCUCUCAAGAAAGGGAGUGUUGGGUUAGUCAUAUGUGAUGAGGGGCACCGGCUGAAAAACUCAGAUAACCAAACAUACCAGGCUCUCAACAGCUUGAAUACACCACGCCGGGUUCUCAUUUCUGGCACUCCCAUUCAAAAUGAUCUCCUUGAAUAUUUCAGUCUAGUACAUUUUGUCAACUCAGGCAUUCUAGGGACAGCCCAGGAGUUUAAAAAGCACUUUGAAAUCCCCAUUUUAAAAGGCAGGGAUGCAGAUGCAAAUGAGGCUGGAAGGCAAAAAGGAGAAGAGAGACUGAAAGAGUUGAUUAGUAUUGUUAACAGAUGUCUAAUAAGAAGAACAUCAGAUAUUCUCUCCAAAUACUUGCCAGUGAAAAUUGAGCAGGUGGUGUGUUGCAGGCUGACUCCCCUCCAAGCAGAGUUAUACAAAUACUUUCUGAUGCAAGCAAAGCCUGCAGAAGAUCUGAAAGAGGGGAAGAUGAAUGUUUCAUCUCUCUCUUCAAUCACAUCUCUGAAGAAGCUUUGUAAUCACCCUGCCUUGAUCUACGAAAAGUGUGUAGAAGAGGAAGAAGGGUUUGCUGGAGCUUUGCAGUUGUUUCCAUCUGGCUACAGUGUUAAGUCUCUAGAACCUCAGCUCUCAGGAAAGAUGCUGGUUCUGGACUACAUUCUGGCAGUUACUAGAAGCACUAGUGAUGAUAAAGUAGUCCUGGUGUCCAAUUACACACAGACCCUUGACCUUUUUGAGAAACUCUGCAGAAGUAGGAGGUAUUUGUAUGUCCGUCUGGAUGGUACCAUGUCCAUUAAAAAGAGAGCAAAGAUAGUGGAGCGUUUCAACAAUCUUUCUAGUCCUGAAUUCAUUUUCAUGCUGAGUAGCAAAGCUGGGGGAUGUGGCUUAAAUCUGAUUGGAGCAAACAGGCUUGUGAUGUUUGAUCCUGAUUGGAAUCCAGCCAAUGAUGAACAAGCUAUGGCCCGAGUGUGGAGAGAUGGCCAAAAGAAAACAUGCUAUAUCUAUCGAUUACUUUCAACAGGGACUAUUGAAGAAAAGAUCUUCCAGCGGCAGACACACAAGAAGGCACUUAGCAGCUGUGUAGUAGAUGAAGAACAAGAUGUGGAAAGACACUUCUCUCUGGGGGAACUGAAAGAGCUAUUCACACUUAAUGAGACCACUAUAAGUGAUACCCAUGACAAGAUCAAAUGUCGUCGCUGUGUGAACGGCCAUCAAGUGAGACCUCCUCCAGAGGGAUCUGACUGUACUUCUGAUUUUUCUCAGUGGCAUCACUGUGCUGAAAAACGUGGUCUCAAGGACACUGUCCUCAAGACCGCCUGGGAUGCUGCAGUCACUUUCACCUUCUAUCAUCAAUCACAUGAAGAACAACGAGGGAUACCAUAACCAUUGGUUCAAUAAGCUCUUUCUUAAAAAGAUGAAUUUUUUUUGAUACCUCUAUAUCAGCAACAUUAGGAUUGGAUGUUUUCUUGUCUCAAUCUGUAUAAAUAUUAUAGACUAUCUUCAUACUUUGCUAAAAUAUUUGGUUACAAGCAACCAUCAUAAACAUUAUUUUUUCUGAAAAAGUAUGUUUGAGCUUUUACUGUCAAUCUGCUAAAUGUGUACAGAAUAUUCUAAUAGCAGAGAUACUAAAUU